AUGAAGUUCGCCGUCGCCACUCUCGCCGCCGCGGCCCUCACUCCCCUCGCAGCAGCAGACUUCUACAUCUACUCCAUGAAAAGCGGCUCAGUCAACGAUGGCAUGGCUCCCAUCAAUGCAGACGGAUUCGUCUUCCUCAAUAACCCCCCUGACUGCAACGACGUCAAUAACAAAGCCAUCUUCAUGUCUUCGCUCAGCGAUGUGAGCGGUGGUAAGCACGGUGUGCGUUGCAAGGGAUGCCCUGAUUUCGAGGAGUUUGAGUUCAACAACAAGAUGGGGUACUAUACUAUCUACAAGAACCGUGACUACGGCCUGUUCACCACGGAUGAUAAGAAGGUCGGCCAGUACAAGAUGAAUAAGUCCGACCAUUUUCAGUGCGGAAAGAGUUAA